CUGUCUCCCUCCCCCUGCUUCUGUCUGCUUGUGCUGUGUGCAAUCAGUGUCAUCAUACCUGUGUCCUGUGUCCUGUGGUUACCUGUUCAUCAGUCUGAUUGCUGUCACCUGGUGGCCUGGGCGUAUAUACACAUCUGUCCCUCACUCAAUCCUCAGUUGGCCAUUGUUCUGUGUAGUUGUCCACACCAUGUGGGCCUUGUUUACAGUUCUAGUUCUUGGUUGGUUUCAGGUCAUUCUUUGUUCUUGCCUGGACCUGUAUCCAAGCAUCUGUGAUGUUCUGGAUCAUCACAUCAGGUGUCCUCUCACGGCCCAGCUCUGAGGACUUCAUGCUGGGAUUCUUCAUCCAUUCAGCAGCAUCUUGGUCCAAACUCAGUGCGCCCUGAUCGCUCUAGCUCCUCCCUUAGCUUGACUAUAUAGUUUCGUAGUUCAUGAGAACUUCCAUCAGAUUAGCUCCCAGGACUUUCUCUUGUUUUCCCAGCCCCACAGAAAGAGUCUGAGGAUGAUGACGAUGGUCACAGGCAGCUCUGGGUCUGUGUGGAUUAUUUUUCUCCUUGGAUUCCAUGUGAGCCCCAGGAUACAUGACGACAGUUCCUGGUUAAAAAGUGUUUCCAGGGCAAGGUGUGCAUCCCGCUGCCUGAGUCUGCACACUGUCACUGUGACACUCUCAGUGACGCUCCAGAGUGAUGUAUCCUUGGGCUGGUGUCAAAACCAUAAACUCUGUGCAAAGUGCCUGGAGCCUUGUAACGAUUCUUGGGAGAUGAAGGAGGGUAAUUGCAGAGAUCUUUGUCAGGAGGCGUUUCCCAAAAAGCAGUGGGAGUGUGUGACCAGCUGCGAGUUCCUUCAGUCAGUGAUGGUGACAAAACAGGGCAGCUGUCCAGCGCCGCAGAGAGCCAGUGGUUUUGCAGCUGCCUGCGUGGCGAGCUGUGACAACGAUCAGGAAUGCUCUGCCCUGAAGAGAUGCUGCUUCAAUGGAUGUGGCCGCACCUGCCAGACUCCCCAGGACCUGUUCAAGGGUGUUCCACUGAAGACUAGAAGGAGGCUGGGCUUCGAAGAACUCUCCUCAGGGCACCUGUUGGUUCGCUGGUCUUCAAGAUUUAACAUCUCAGCUGAGCCGGUGGUCUACAUCCUACAGAGGAGGUGGAACUUUGGCAUCCAGCCCAGUGAAGACACUGCCACCUCCUGGCAGGAAAUAGCAAAGACCACACAACAGGACCUGAGGGUCUCUGACAUCCGACCUGGUCGCUGGUACCAGGUCAGAGUUGCAGCAGUGAAUGCCCAGGGAACCCGAGGUUUCACCACACCAAGCAGACACAUCCAGUCCAACAGAGAACCCUCCUCCCCAGCUGCUCCCACUGAGCUCAGAGUAGCCAACAUGAGCUUUGGCCCUGGCAGAACAGUAUCAGCCAGGCUCCAGUGGAGCAUGCCUGCCGACCUCCAUGUCCCUGUCCAUUACUACAAGGUCAGCUGGAGCUGGACGGCAGUAGGACGACCAGGUUCAUUUUCCCUGACCAAGAGGAAGAGGACGGUGAGAGGGUGUCAGGUGGAGCUGCACAGCAUACAGUCCAACAGGAGCUACACGGUGGAGGUGCGGGCCGUGUCCUACUGGGGACUGAACAAACUAAAAGGACGUGGAACUAUUCUCCACUUUACCACGCAACCUAGUAUGUAUGCGCAUAACUAUACUUGAAAUAUGGUGGUAUUUAACUUUUCUAGAUGUACUCUAAAGCAUGAGAAAAUGAUUUUUUCCUGUCCUUCAGUAUUAGAGUGCCAUCAAAACUCAAAUUCUUUUUCUUGUUUUUUUUAUAUGUGUUUUGAAAGUUAAUCCAAUUCAUGCUCAUGGGGGUUGAGAAUGUAUUUACAUAUAUUAAAUAUAGAAUAUUAAAUAUUAUUUUUAAAUUUCUUUACAUAAAAUAUGCCUACUACUGCAGUAGUUUUCUGCAAUUUUAGGUCUCAGUAUUUGUAUUAUAACUCUGUUAAACAGGUUAAAACCAAAAAAUAAUAUUAAUUAUCACAUAAAAUUCGAGUGAUAAGUCUGUAUUUUCCAUUUUUUAUGGUAAUUUGUUUAGCACACCAACUGCUAGAAUGGUAUGUGGUUAUUUAGUAAAAUGUGUGAUGUGGUAAAAUAAAUACAGACAGACCUAAAUAAUCUGACCCCUGGAGGAUGAGCAAACAGUUGAGAAGAAAAUACAUUUUCCCAAGCAAGGCCACAGAGUGAAGCAGUCUGUGAUGUUCAUGAAGUCACACUGUGAACACAGCUGUAACCAACGGCUUCUGAACAGCAGGUUGUCAGAGCACAGGUGAAAGCAGUGGCUGCUGAUUAGCAGAGACAACCACCGACUGGUGUAAAUUACACUCAGUGGCCACUUAAUUAGGUACACACAUUUGAACACUUGAAUGGAAUUAUCCAAUCUGUUAAUCACAAGGCAGCAGCUAACUGUAGACUUUGUUUUUGUUUUGUUUUUUGUUUGUUUUUUACAGUGUAUGAACCUUUCUAGAAAACUAUUUUGUUACUGCAUUUUCCCAUACGUUAGUUUUCAAACUAAGACAUAAUUUCUGUUGCUUCUGAUUCACUGUCUGUACUUAUUUCUCUGUUCUCUGUAAAUGCUGUAAAUACCAUCUGUCUGUAUUUAUUAUUCCUCUCCUUGUGUACUUUGGGUGUGAAGUCUGUAAACAUGAUAUACUACAUGCUCGUUACAUGUGCGCUCAGCAUUUUAUAUAAGAAGAAAAACCCACAGAGACCCAGUGAUUUUUUAUUAUUAUUCAAGAAAAGAUAAAUCCCAUAUCAAUAUAUUUGCAGCCCACUCUACUUAUAAUACAAUCUCUGUUUCUGCUUCCUAAUCAGCUAUUUAUUCUUUUUUUUUUUCUUCAGUAUGCGUUAUUGACCUUUGCCCGCUGAGAGAGUGAAUAAUGAUGGUGUAACUGAGGCUGAUAUUCCUGAGGGGCAGGGGGAGAAAAGCUAUGAAAAAAAACAAAGCUGUGUGCUUUAAUUCUUCCUCCAUUUAUUUUUGAGUAGCAAACAAAGGGUCUGAAACACACCCCCGGGGGUUUGAGUGUACAGUGUGUGAAAUAAAAGGUAGCUUUUUAACACAUACACAAACGUCUAAAUGCUCAACAACAAUGGAAUCAUUCCAACUGUACAGUUUUACUGCAGAUCUGUUUUCAGGUUUUAAAUAUAUGACACCAAUGCAACUAUGAACUUAUUUGUCCUGCAAUAAAUUGUCAGGGGAGGGUCACAAUAUUGUAGCCCCCUAAUGUA